CUCUGCGUUGACGGUUUAUAAACGUGCGCGCGCUCGAAGGUAGCAAUGACGGACGGUCAGCAGUGAAAGCCUUUUUGGAUUUGAACUGACCCGCUGCCUCUGUUUUUGAUUGGCUAUCAGUCGUAAAAGAGUUCCACGAGCGAUUAGUUGAUUUGCAUAGUGGAUCAAAGUUGAAUCUGUCCACGUGGUCAAUAAAUCAGAGUGGCUAGUGUGCAUAAUAGUGUUUUAAAAAAGUGAAGCAAGAACCAAACAAAUGGCCCUCAGUAGAAUAGUUCGUGUCUGCUGCCAGCAGCACAUGCGGACGGGUCGGUUCACGUUAGCGACAGGAAGGUCCGUCGACUUGCAGCCAAAAUGGUGUGAAAUCCGACAAAUUAGUUUCAGCUCGGUGAUGAGUGAUAAGUUAGCGACUGCCAAAGCAGUUCAGAAGCACGACUGGAACCGAGCCGUGAGUGAAGCGGAGAAGAUCGUAGGCUAUCCGACGUCGUUCCUAAGUCUGCGGUGGCUGCUCAGCGAUGAGAUUGCGAAUGUGGCACUUCACCUACGGAAACUGGUCGGAAGCAACCAUCCGCUGUUGAAAACUGCCAAAACCCUCGUCUACAACGACAAAAACCAACGAGCGUGGGGUCUAAUCGUCCUACUGAUAUCGAAAGCGGCAGGUCAUGCCCCGUCUAUACCGGAAAUGGAACAGGAUAAAAGUGCCGGUGUUUUGCACUCGCAGCGGGCCUUGGCAGAGGUUACGGAAAUGAUUCGCACUUCGCAUCUCAUCCAUCAGGGAAUGAUCAAUCUGCAGGCGAUGGACGACGCCGGGAACAAUCUCAGCGGUGAUAGUGAGACGAUAUUCGGUAACAAAAUGGCACUGCUCGGGGGAGACUAUCUGCUGGCCAACGCCUGUAAUCAGGUUGCUAAUUUGCGCAAUCAAGAUCUCAACAUGCUUAUCUCGUCCGCCUAUCGGGAUUUGGCCGAAUCGAAUUUCAUCGGUGACCGUGACGAGCAAAAUCAUCCGCUUCCCUCGAAACCAGAAUCGACGGUGAAAGGUCACUCCUCGCCGGAUUGCAGCAUUGAAGAUCUUUGUUUCGGCGACCUGCAAGAUAACACCCAGCCGAUGAGUGUGGAAAAAACUGUGGGCAACCCGGAGAAAGAGUGGUCACUCAGGCAUGUGCUCGGCGGGGGAAGUUUGCUAGGCAAAAGUUGCCAGGGAGCACUAAUGUUGGCAGGACUUCCGGAAGAACUUCAAACGCAAGGUUAUCUGUUCGGGAAACAUUUGUCGCUUGCAUGGCAAGCCUGUAUCGAUUUGCAACCAUUUCUGUUGAGCACGUUACCAAUGGAUGCUCAAUUUAGCUUGGUAUCGGCUCCGGUUCUGUUCCAUCUCGAGUACGACCCUAGCAUCUACGAGCUAAUCGAGAGGGGACGCACUUCAGUCGACAACAUUGACUAUCAGCAGCUGCAUCAAGCCAUCGGCACUGGUCCCGGACUGGAGAAAACGAAAAAUCUAGUGAAAAAGCAUAGCCACGCUGCCAUGCAGGUGCUGGAUCGGUUGCAGCCGUCCGACGCACGUACGGCGCUGCAGAAUAUCAUUCUGGCCAUGCAGGAGCUGUAGCAACGGUCAUUUUG